AUGGACUUCGAUACCGUUUUGAAUAAUGAAUUGGGACAAUUCGGCAAGUACCAACUGAUCAAUAUAUUGUUGCUGAUUGUUCCCGCCAUCGCGUCGGGGUUCAUGGCCGGCGACUAUGUGUUCACGGCGGGGAAAUUACCAUAUCGAUGUUCGGUGGCGACAUGUGACACAGAGCCGCCGGAGUACCAUCCAGAAUGGAUACUGAACGCGAUCCCCGAGACGGCUGGUGGCUUCGACGACUGCUCACGAUAUGUUUAUUCUUCAAACAUUACGAUUUCACCUCGCGACACCUGCUCGCCGGACUUGUUUGACAGGAACGCGACAGUGCCGUGCGAUGGUUACGUUUAUGGCAGAACCAACUCUGUUGUCUAUGACUUCGGUCUCGAAUGUCAGGAAUGGCUGCGAGCGUUGGCCGGCACCUUGAACAGUUUGGGAGCUAUGAUCGCUCUGCCACUGGCCGGUUUCGUGUCUGAUUACUUUGGACGACGUACCUCGAUUGUUUUUUUUGCAUUCAACGUAGCUCUCGUGGGAGUCGUCAAAGCGUUCUCAGUCAACUACACGAUGUAUGUGAUACUGCAGUUCAUGCACACGGCGAUAGGUGGCGGGCUGUAUAGCGCGGCGUACAUCCUAGCCACCGAGCUGGUGGGUCCCAAGUACCGGGUUCCUACGAGCGCGACCAUGUCCUCCUCGUUCGCUCUGGGCCAGUCCUUGUUAGGAUUGAUCGCAGCCUUCGUGUACGAGUGGCGUAAACUAACACUCACAUUGUUCGUGCCUGUAUUUUCUUUAUUAUCGUAUUACUGGAUCGUGACCGAAAGUCAUCGCUGGCUGCUGAGUAAAAAUAAAAACAAGAGAGCCAAAGCGACAUUGGAAAAGGGGGCUCGGUUGAACGGAAAAAUUAUAUCCGAAGAUAACAUGGAUUUUCUUCUAACGGCGAUACCGAAACAGAGCGAUUUUAAAUCUGAUGAAAGCAACAGACCUUUAUUGAUUCGCGUGUUGAAAUCUAGAGUGAUGCUGCGUCGAUGUUGUACUACGCCCGUCUACUGGAUAGCGACUACCUUCAUUUACUACGGCCUGUCUAUAAACUCAGUCAGCCUGUCAGGGAACAUGUACUUCAACUACAUACUGACCACCUUCAUAGAGAUUCCCGGUUAUUGGACGGCUUAUCUUUUACUAGACCGAGUCGGGAGGAAAGUCACUCUUUUCUGCGGCUACAUGCUAUGUUCUGCGUGCUGUGUUGCCUUCUCCUUUACGCCUAAAAGUAUGUACGGUUUAUCUUUGGCCUUGUACCUGACGGGGAAAUUCAGUACUGGAGUAAUUUUCACAUCAUUAUAUUUGUUUACUUCGGAGUUGUAUCCAACCAGACAUCGGCAUUCGUUCCUGGGAUUCUCUUCGAUGUUAGGUCGCAUAGGGUCUGUGGUGGCUCCUCUCACGCCGCCGCUGAUGGUCUACUGGACCGGGAUACCCUCUUUGUUAUUCGCUGGUAUGGCGGCCGUAGCUGGUCUGUUGAUAUUGACCCAACCUGAGACACGAGGUCUCAAAGUGCCGGAUACAUUCGAAGAUGCUGAACUUCUAGGAAAAUCUAGAUAA